GGCGCGGCGAUGGUGCGCGAGCUACGCGUCGACGCCUUCUACGCGCGCCUCCGCUCGACGGCGGCGGCGGCGGCGGGCUCCUCCUCCUCGGCGCCGGUCCUGAUCCUCCCGUCGGCCGCCGACGCCGACUCGCUCUGCACGGUGCGGGCGCUGGCGCACGUCCUCGCCGCCGACUCCGUCCGCUUCUCCGUCUACCCCGUCGCUUCCGCCGCCGCCGCCAGGGCGCUCCUCGCCUCCUUCUCGGCUUCCGCCUCCGCCUCCUCGCCGCUCUGCCUCGUCCUCGUCAACUGGGGCGCGCACUGGGACCUGGUGCGCGCCGCCGUCCUGCCCGACACCGCUACCGCCUUCGUCGUCGACUCCCAUCGCCCUGUACACCUCCACAACCUCUGCGCGCGCAACGACCGCGUCGUCGUCCUCUUCACCGCCGACGACGAGCAAGCCGCCGACCUCUCCUAUGAUUUCGACCUCGCCGCGCUCGCCGACGCCUCUGACCUUGCCGCCGAGGGCGACGCCGACGCCGACCCCCUCCGCGCCGCUUCCGGCUCCGACGCUUCCGAUUAUGAGGACUCCGACGCCGACGAGGACGAGGAUGUCAGCGGCGGCGGCGGCAGGAGGAAGAGGCGCCGGCUGUCCGACGACGCCGACGCCGACGCCGACUCUGACCCCGUGAGGCUGUUCGGGAGGCUGCGGCGGGAGUACUACCGCGUCGGCACGUUCCACGGCAAGCCGUCGGGGUGCCUCAUGUACGAGCUGGCCCACGCGCUGCGCCGCAACACCAGCGAGCUGCUCUGGCUCGCCUGCGUCGCGCUCACCGACCAGUUCGUGCACGACCGCAUCACCAACGAGCGGUACCAGGCGGCGGUCAUGGAGCUGGAGCAGCACGUCAACGGCUCGGGCGCCCUCGACCCGUCGGGCGCCGGCGCGGUCGUCACGCUCAAGGACGGCACCAAGGUCCGCGCGCCCGAGGCGUCCCGCAUCGCCUACGAGGACGAGCCGCGGCUCAUGCUGCUAAGGGAGUGGAGCCUCUUCGACUCCAUGCUCUGCUCCUCCUACGUCGCCACCAAGCUCAGGACGUGGACCGACAACGGCCUCAAGAAGCUCAAGCUGCUGCUCGCCAGGAUGGGGUUCCCGCUCGCUGACUGUCAGAAGAGCUUUCAGUACAUGAGCAUGGAGGUCAAGCGCAAGAUGCGGGACGAGUUUGACCGCUUGCUGCCUGAGUACGGCCUCACGGAGUUCUACUACCGGAGCUUCUUGAGGGUGCACGGGUACAGGUCCAAGGUUUCCGCUGCAGACGUUGUGUAUGGUGUCACGGCGUUGCUUGAAUCGCUGAAUGCAGAGUCCAAGGGCUCAAAGGAGUCUUCUGCUGCCGAGCAGUUUUGGGCUGCAUACUCAGCAUUGUCGCUGAGCAAUGUCGAUCAGUUGCAGAAAGGGAUGCAGUCUGCGAUUGAGAUUCAGAGGGCGAUUUUGAGGCAAGGAAGCUCGGCGAUUACUAAGACAGGGUUUAUACGGAGUGCCAAGAAGUUCCGGUGGGUCAAGCUUGAUGACCCUGUGGACACUAGCAAGCUUUGCCACCCACAGGCUCUUACCAAGUUCUGCUUCUUUCUGAUGGAUGCACUGAAGGAAAGGGGUGCGAGGAUGAAACCGCUAAUCUGUGCUUGCUUAGCAAAGGAGCCUGAGAAGGUACUGGUUGUUGGCGUAUGUGGAAAACCAAGGCUUGGGGCUGCUCAGGGUAAUGCCUUUGGUAAUGCAUUCAGAUCAGCGGCAGAGGAGAUAGGUGCAGAUUAUUUCCAUGACAUGUUUGAGUCAUCAUGGAUUGUUCUGGAUGUUGUUGCUGUCAGUUCUUUCAUGAUUCGGUUAACGGACAAGUUGUGAUCAGGUGGAAUGAUCUUAUGUUAAGUGGAUGAUUCUUUCAGGUCUCAAGAUGGGAGACUCAGCACCAUUCUCUCAGAAUAAAGUUGCUUGAGGCCAGGUGGUACAUGACAUGUAUUUUCCUUAGUGUAGGGAAAGCAGCCUGACAAGCAUCCUGCUUUGCUAAGUUUGAGCUGCCUAGGGAUCGUGACUUCAGAAAUUGAGAAGAGGGGUUUCCUCUGUUUUAACUCCCCCAUUAGCAAAUGAUAGAUCUGUAGAUUCAAAUGCAAACCUGGUUCUAGCGUAGAGGGGACAAGGUAUAUAUUUUUUACUUUCUUUUUAUCUGAUACAAUGGAUGUUUGUAUCUGUAUCUGCUUAAACAUGCUUGAGAACAUUUGUUGUAUUCAGUUCUGUACCACCAACUGUCUUGAAAUUCUAUAAAUUUAUAACAAGUACCUUUCUAGUA